AUGGACUCCGGUAAUGAUUGGAUCCAGACGAGGUCUGGUUCCCGAAUCUCCAGACGUGCUCAAAUUCGUGGCCAGAAUAAGGUCAUCCUAGCCGGCAUGUGUGUGCUUUCAGACCAUUGCACACUGAAAGGUGACGUCCCGUUGAGAAGCAAAGUGGCCGCUGCCAUCUCUAUGGGAGAAUUCUGCAUUAUUGAGAAAGGUUGCUGGUUGGAGCCUCCGCAGAUUGGUCAUAAAAGUUUAAAAGGAAAUGUUUCACAAGAGGAGAUCACGGCCGUCCACGGUUCUUUAACCCUGGGCUCAUUCGUGCUGUUGAGAGAGAAUUGCAAAAUUCAGUGCAGCCAAAUUGGAAGAAGUGUCGUUGUGGGCCAUAACGCGUUGUUGUCUCUUGGUUGUGAGAUCGGAGAUGUGGUUAUUGUAGACCCACACGUAAAAGUACCAGCAAAGUCUAAAAUUCCGUCAUUCUCGAGAGUACGUCAGCACGCAAGAUUCAAGGACGCUGUUGAGUUGAGUAUUUUGCCCAAUGGCUUCCGAAAGUGCAUCGAGACAUGGUGUAAAUUCGAAUAUCUGGGCAUACCUGUCGACGUUGAUGAGAUUCUAUCAGAUAAUUGA